AUGAAUAAUCUUCGAUAUGGCUAAAUUGUAAGAAUUUAGGGGGAUUAUGGAAUGAUAGUCACAAAAGGGUAUAGUAUUAUGGUGAUAAUGUUAGAUACACUUAAACAAAUGUAUAUUAUAUGACUUUUACAAAUUUGGCCAAGAUAAGCAAUUUUCGGGAGUCAUUAUUUUAAGUGCUUCCUAAAGGGAGCUUUGAAAUUCAUGAUGAAUUCAUGAAAUCUCAUAAGAAGUAAACAUAUAUAUAAUAUUUAAUUAGAGCAAAUCAGGAUCUACUUGAUUAACGACUUAAGACAGAAUUGAACUAAUAUUUUUCUUUUGUGGAAACCAAAAUGGAUGAGGAAGUUUUGUUUGGUUAAGAGAUAGUAUUGAAACAUUAUGAUUCUGAAUACUUUUUGGUUGGAUCUUACAAAUGUUCAGAAUAGUCAAUGGAAGCAUUUUAGGUAAGUCUGAGUAGUAAGCCUUCAAGUUAAGCAUUAUUUAGAAUAGAAGCAUAUUAAACAUAUCAAAAGGAUGGUUAAUAAAUAUAUUUUGAUGAACCUUUCUUAUUAGUGAAUACCAAACAAUAAUUUUGUUUAGAUUUUAUUGAAAAACCAAUACAAUGGUUAGAUGAUGAAAGUUGUUUAGCAUAUAUCAAACGAUUAAAUGAUGUACAAAGACAUUAAGUGAUUAUUACUCAUAAUAGUAAGACAAGUUGGAAAAUGAAGUUAUUUAUGAGAAAUGAUUAACGUAUAGAAAAGAAAUCAAUAAGGAAUUAUGAAUUAAUUUAUUUAUAAUAUACAGAAGAUGGAACUUAUUUAAAUGGAGAAUAAUAGAUUGUUUCAUUACAAUAAGCAGGAUUACACAUUCCAUUAACAGCAAUUUGGGAAUUACAAGUCUUAUAACCAUCUAGUGAUUAUAAACGUAAUCAACCAUAGGUAAUUAAAGAAAAUUAAAGGGGAUCAGUUUUCUAAAAUAAUUUUGAUUUUUUGAAAGAUUUUUCAAGAGUUGCACCACGAUAGAAAAGUGUUGUUGAGUAUUAAUAAUAAGCUUAAUCUUAAGUUAAUAAGAAAACUCCAUAGUAAGAAUUUAUUCUUAGGAAUUACAUUUCAGGUAAAGUACUUACUUCUAGAGGUUAAUUACCUUAAUUGCAUGAAUAUAUAUAAGAAUCUAAUUAAGUUGUAGAAAUUUUAACUGCUAAAUAAGGUUAAUAGGAGAUUGUAGAGAAUUCCUAUAUAUAAUUAUCUGUAGAUAAGGAAUUAUUAUAAAAUGUUGAGAUUGAAGACUAAUGGAAUGAUAGUAUCAUAGAGAAUGAUGAAGUAGAGUCUACUGUAAUAAAGAAAUAAUUAACAUUUGAAGAGAAAGAACAUUAACAUGCUUUUUAAAUUAAAAAAGUUAAAGGGAAUAUAAAAAACAAUUUAAUGUUUGUAUUAUCAGCUUAAGAAGUACUUUUUUAAUUUGUUUUGAUUUUGAAUAAACAAGUUGAUAUUAUUUGGAAAUUACUACAUAUUUAAUAAUUAUCAUAAGUAGUUGAAGUUAUUUAACAAUUGAUUCAAUUCUUAUAAUUUGAAGUUGCCAAUCGUUAAUAAUGUAUUAAGGAAACUUAUAUAAUUGAUUUGGCUAUGAAAAUCUUAGUUCCAAUAUAUGAGAAGAAGUUGUAUGCUACUGAUGUAAAGAAUUUAUAGAAAAAGUUGAAAAAGAUAUUCAAAUUAACUUAUUCAUUGAUCAAAGAAUUAACUCAAAAUAAUAAAUAACUUAAGUAAGAUAUGGGAAAAUAUUUGAAAGACUUUUUAGAAUAAGCUAUGGAUGAUGAAGCAAGAGCUUAAGAUAGUUUAAAAGAAUUAUUAGAAGAUAAUUAUGAAUCUAUUUAAAAGUUUGUUACUGAUGAUCAUAUUCAAAAAGUAUUUGAAAAAAUGAAAUAAAAUCCUAAUGAAAAAUAUUUAUCAAUUCUUAGUAGUAUUUGUGUUUGUAAAGGAAGAGCUAUAUUAAAAAAUUAAAUAUUAAUAUUAAAAUUAGUAUUUCAAAGCAAUGAAUUAUUAAAUUUUAAAUUUAGAUUGAAUACUAAAAAUAAAGUUGAAAUACUUUGUAGAAUAAAUAAAUUAAAACCUAUGUGGCGAAGAAUUCGUUAAAUAUAUUAAGAAAGUCAAGAAUAAGAUGGAUUAUAAACAUGGAAUUAUCUUUAAGGAUAUUUCAAUCUUUUAGGAGAUGUCUGUUAUAAUAGAAAUAAAUUGGCAUAAGAUUUUGUAAAAGAAAAUAUUUCAAUAUCUAUUUUAUUAGCAUUAGUAGAAGAUAGUCAUUCUCAAUCUAUAAAUACAUUUGAAUCAUAUUUAAAAGUUAUACAUUUAGCAUUUGUAGACACACCUGGAUAUUAAACUUUAGUGAUUAGUAAAGUAAUAGAUUGGGAAGAGAAUGAAUAGAUUUCAAUAGAGAAAAGAAUGUCAAUGAGAAAAAUAAAUAGUUUUGGUGGUUUUAGUAAUUAAAUAGCAUUAUAAAAUGUUAGUGAUCUUAAUAAUAUUAUAAAAUAUGUCUAAUAAUUUAUUGCCAAAUUUACACAUUUUACUUAUGAUUAAAAGUAUAAUUAGACUCUUUAAAGAAUUUUAAUGAUAAUCAAAACAUUAUUAACAAUGAAUUUAGAAAUAGAUACAAUGUAAUUAUUAUAAGAUUUGUUGAGAAUAUGUUCAUGCUAAAAAGAUUUCUAAAAUUUAGAAUAAUAAAAGGGAGAAGAGAAUAUUAAAAAGGCAAAACAUAGAAUGACUAAAGUAUCAUCAGAAAAUAAACCAAUAAUGGAAUGCAAGAUGUUAGCUUCUAAUAUUAUCUUAAAUAUUCUUGAUUUAGAAAAUGAUAUUAGAAUUAAUUAGAUGGUAGCCUAUUUUCGUAGUAAAAGAGGAAGUGAUUCUACAAAUGAAUCAGUAAAUAAUUCACCACCUAAAAAAGGAUUAAUAAGUGGUAUGGUAGACUUUGUUUAAAGAUUUUCACAUAAACCACCUGAGGAAUAAUAAUAAUUAUUAGAUAAUAACAGUUCUGUUUUCAAAGAUUUUGCUAAAAGUUUAAGUGGUUCUAAAGAUAAAACUGAACAAGAAUCUUAUAAUAUUCCUUAAUGGAUUCAAGUAAUUAAAGAUUUAUUGGAUAAUAGAAAUUUAUUCAAAAACUUUAAUAAUAAUGUAAUGUUAGUAUUUGUGGAAAUUUCUUUAAUGUAGGAACCAAAGAUGGUUGAAACAGCCUUAUAAUUAUUUAAUAGGAUGCUUGGUUAAAGAAGAGAAUUAAUAAAGCAUUUCUCAUAAAUUGUAUUAUUAUCUAAAAAUUGUUAAAGGAAUGUCAAAGAAUUGAUUAGUAAAUGUAUUCAAAUAAGACAAAGAUUAGAAUAAUUAAGUGAUAAAAAUGUUUAUACAAUUACAAAGGAGAAUUAAAGUACUUCAAAUAUUUAAGUGGAUGAGAUUAUUGAAGAUUUAAAUAAAUUAUGUAUUUCAUUGAAAUUACAAAGAUUUACAAGUUAAGUUGUAUAAAUUUCAUUGGCUUUUAAUGAAUGUGAAGAAAAUGACAAAACAAAUUAAACAUUAUUUAAAGCAUUAGAUAUGCAUUAAACAUUAGUUACUUAUAUAUCUGGAGCAGAUGAAAUAAAUCCAUAUUUAUAAGGAUUAUUGAAUUCAUGUUAUAAAUUCUUGACUCUUUUUAUUUGGAAUCAUGCAACAAAUAAAAUUGAAAUAAAAUGGCCAUUAAAAUAAAUCUAUUAGCAUUUAUAAUACAAUUCUUGUUGCAUAGAUUUUGUAAGGGAAUUAUAUCAUAAUAAUAAAGAAUUAUUGUACAAUGAAAAUGAAGUAUCUGUGGCUAUUAGAUCUAUCAUUCAAUAAAUGAAUAAAGAAAAGCCAGAUAGUAUGUAUCGAGUAAAACUAUUUGAUUCAUUAAGAGUUUUCUUGUAUGAUCAUAAUAAGACAAUAAAAUUUAAUUAAUUAUAAAUCUUAGCUUUACUAUAACAAAAAUAGAAUAGGAAUUUAAUCUAUGUUCUCAAUGACUUAUAAACUGAAUUUUCAAUGGAUUCAAUAAGUAAACCAGAAACUCCAUUAUAAAAAUCAAAAGUUUGGGAUAGUGAAAGUUUUCAUGAAUUAAUUGAUGAUUAUAGUGCUAAUUAUGAAAAGAUGGAGGAAACUAAAUUAAUGCAUAUACAACCUCAAUUAUAAUACAUGAUUAUACAUUUUGAAAUUUUCAGUUUAUUAGUUGAAGAUCAGUAAAAAUAUAUUUAAUAUUUAGUAAUGUCAUAAAUCAAGAAAAAUGUCGUGUUAUGCAUCCUUACCAUUCCUUAUUAUUUUUAAUGAAAAAUUCCUAUAAAAGUAAUUGUUGGCCAUUAUAGCACUUCUUAAGAAGUUACAUGAAUCGUCUUUAUUAUAAUAGUCAAAUGGAAUUAAUAAGUUAAUUAUGUAUUUAAGAAGAUUUAGAAGUAAGAUUUAAAUUAAUUAAUUUUUAGAUUAUUAGACAUCAAUUAGAUCAAAUUCUAUUAUUAAAAGGAUGUAAUUAUAUAAAACAAGUUUAAAUUGUUGAUGGUGUUAGAUUUUAAUUCAUGUUUUCAUAUAUAUUUGCUUGUAUGUAAGAAAUAUUGUAUUCGAUUAAUCUUUUGUUUUUAAAUGAUAAUUUCUUAUCUGAAUUAGAAGCAUAAUUAAGCAAAGAUAUUGAUAAUCUUAUAAUCCAUUAAUUAUUAUUCAAGAUUGCAGGCCAUUUAGUUUAAAUAUAAAAAAUGUGGUUUAAAUCUAGUCAUAUAACUCAUUUAUGUCAAGUACUUAUAAACAUUAUGAAAAUAGUGUUUAGAAUAUUUGAUAUAAAUGUGUUGUUAAAAUUAGAAAAAAUAUUUAAUGGAAAUGUGAGUGAACCACUAACUCCUAUAAAAUAAGAUGAUAAUAAAGAGAAGGAUAAAGAGAAUCUUUAAACUGAUUAAAAUGAAUAGAAUGAAUAAGAUGGCAUAAUAAAUAGAUUAUUAAUUGUAACAGAAACAAAAUUAUCUUAAGAUGAAAAGAUAUAAUCAAAUCUUUAAUAAACAUUAAAGAGAAUAUUCCAUUUGAAAUCUAAAAAAAGAUUAUCAAUUAUAGAAGAACCUGAUAAUAAUGCAGAAUUAAAUAUAAGGUUAAUGAAGUUAAUUAAAUUAUUCAGUGAGAAUGAAGAAUUUUAAGGAUUUAUUGAAUAAGAAUUUAAUUCAUUAUGUAGUGAAUUCACAAAUAUUGAUGAAUUUUCUUUGACAGCCUAUUAAACAUAAUAUCCAGCAAUUACUUUGGAAGAAUUCUUAAAGAAUUUAAUAUAGAUGAAUAUUACACAUUAAUUAAAUGAUGAUUUAAGAAGCUACUUUUUAAAAAUAUUAACAAGAAUGAUAAGUGAAAAGAAUCCAAAUAUUAAUAGUUAAGAUGAAUAAGCAAAAUUAGCAAUAGAUGAAUGGGAACCUGAAUUUUGGAGUGAUUCUAGAUAAUAGAUAUAAGAAAUAUAAUGUUUUUUAGCUGGAUGUGGAGCAGCUUAAUUAAUUUAUGAAAUGUUUAAGGAAAAUUUUGAUGAUAGAUGGGAAUUAUUUAAUUAAUUAUUAAUAUUUUCAAAUGCAUUUUUAUUAGGAGGCAAUACUAAAUGUUAAGAUUCUUUACUUUAAUUAUUAAAAUAAGAUUCAUCAAAUUAAAUGAUGAGUAAUUUACAAUAAUCUAUUCUUAAAUUUAGUAAAUUUGUUAAUACUAAUUUUAAAAUAUAAAAAACUAAAUUUUAAAAAGAUAAAUAAAAUCCAUUUCUAUCAAUUGUUUAUGUGGAUAAUUUAACAUAAUUUAGUGAAAAGACUGAAACUUUAAAAAGAACUUUACCAUCUGCUAUUGAAAGUUAAAAUACAAUAAAGAAUAGAUAAUUAUCUAUUAAAGUUAUGUGGAGAGCAUUUAGAAUGUUGUAAUUGAUGUGUGAAAAUAAUAAUGUUCAAAUGAAAAAUUAUUUAAGAGAAUAAACAGAUAAAGAAGAUUCAGUCCAUAUUAAUAGUAUUAAUUUUAUAGAGUUUGCUACUAAGGAAUUAAGAAUAUUAUUGAAGAUACUUAAUAAGAAUGUAGUAUCAAUAACUUAAUAAAUAGUUGAUUUUAUAAAUGAAGUUAUACAAUUGCCAUGCUUUUUAAAUUAAGUUACAUUAUGUAAAUCAACAUAUAUGGAAGAUGUAUGUUUUACAUUUGAAACAUUUUAAAAAGAAGAAAGUUAAUUAAUUUAAAGGGAACUUCAUACUCCAGAUGAAUAAGAUGAGUUAUUUGAAUUAUAAGCAAAGAUUAUAUAAUCAAUUAUGUUGGUUUUAGAAGGAAAUAAUUAAAAAAAUUAUGAGGAAUUAUAAUAGAAAUUAGAUUCUAGAUUUUUGGUUAAUUUCAUAAAAUUAAUAGUAUAGAAAGUAGGUAUAGAGAAGAUUUUUGAUUUUAAAAAAGAAGCUAGAUUCUCUGAUGAGAUAUAAUAAAUGUUAAAUGUAUUCAUAAUCAAAGAGAAAAUAGAAUAUGUUAGUAAGGAUUAAAAGUGGGUGAAACAUUUUAAGUAGGAAUUUGAGAGUAAUGCAACUUUAAAAGAUAUUUAAACUAUGUGUUUGAAUAAUUUAAGAAAAAUUGAAAUUUUUUAUGAGAAUGAAUAUUAAAUGGUAUUUUUUCCUGCUCAUCCAGUAUUUUAAUUUUUAAGUGAUGAAACUAGAGAUAAAAUAAUGUUUAAAAUACCAAGGGAUACAUAAAGAAAGAAAUUAAUAUCUUUACUUGAAGAAAUGGAUAUGAUAUUUAGAGAAAUCAGUUAUAAUUUUAGUUUAUAAAAUUGGAUAUUACCAAUAACUCAUAAAACAAUUCAAUUAUUAAUAAAUAUUUCAUAAUUAUUAUCAUUAAUCAUUAAUAUUUUUAUGAUAUUUGCAUAUGCAGUAAUGAUAAAAGAUAAGCAAUCAACAUUAGUAACAGAUGAUUAUGAAGAAGCAACAUUGUUUAUUUUAUCCUUAUUGUAAUUUAGCUUUAGUUUAUGUGCAUGUACAUUUUACAUAAUAAGUAGAGCAUCAUUGGAAUUCAAGAAACUUAAAUAAGAGUAAUUCUCUUUGACUUAAAUUCACUCUUAUAUAAUUUAAAAGAUAUCCAAUUUCAUAAUUGUUUUUAAAGGAGAAGAUUUCCUAUCUCAUAUAUCAUUUACUGCAAUUGCAUUUUUAGGGUUAAUUUCAAAUACUUAUUACUUUUCAUUACAUUUGUUCUAUUUAUUUGGAUAAUUAUCUUUGUUAUAGAGUGUUUUUUAAGCAAUAUCUCAUAAUGCAAAAUAACUAUCUUUGGUAGCAUUGCUUGGAGUAUUGUUUUAAUUUGUAUUUAGUAUAGUUGGAUUCAAUAAUUAUGUGGAUGACAUAUAUCCUGAAUAAGUAGAGGAUCCUUGUCAUAGUUUGAUAAGUUGUAUGAUAACUUUGAUGACAUCUGGUGUUAUAGGUAGUUCAAUGUCAUAAUGGGAUCCUUUAAAAUUCAUCUAUGAUACAGUUUACUUUGUGUUCUUUGCACUAUUAUUUACAAAUAUUAUUUCAGGUAUUAUGACAGAUACUUUUGCAUAAUUGAGAGAUUAAAGAACUUAAAUAGAGGAUGAUAAAAAAAAUAAAUGUUUUAUUUGUGGAAUUGAUAGACAAACACUUGAAAAACAACAAGAAGAUUUUGAAGAACAUAUAAAGAGUAAGCAUUUUUUGUGGAAUUAUGUUUUUUACAUCUAUUGUUUAUAGAAUAAAGAUUCAACAGAAUAUACUGGAUUAGAAUAUUGGAUAAUGGAUAAAGUUUAAUCUGAAAGUGUGAGUUGGUUUCCUAUUAGAUCUGAGGAUGAAGAUGAUCGUACUAAAUAGAUUGAAUUAUUACAAUAAAAGAUAGAAGAUCUAGCUUAGUAAUUAAAGACUUAAAUAUUAUAAUAAUAGAUUGAAGAAUGAA